AUGCACGCGCUGGGACCGAUCCGCGCGCUCCGACCGCGCCUGCAACGUCUCACCGCAUCGCUCGUAAAGCGACGAACCCCCAUCGCCGCCGAGCCGAGAGAUCCACCCCGGGAUAUCGCGCUCCGUCCCUCGCACGUCUUCCUUUCCCGCCAGAUCCCAAUCGCGGUUGCCCGAUCCCGGCCGCGCGCUCACCUCGUCGCCAUGGCCGUCCCACCGUCGCCGAAGCGCGUGAACGGCAACAAGUCCCCGAAAGCCGCGAAGGCCAAGGCCAAGGCCCCGGCGAGGUCACCGACGGAGGACAUCGAGGACCUCAUCGGCAAGCACCCGUCGCUCGCGUCCAUCAGGGACGACGCCCCUCGCCUAAGGGACGAGCUCCUCGCGUGGUACGACAAAUCGCACAGGAUCCUCCCGUGGAGGCGCAACUUUCACUCGCAUCACGCCCCGCCCCCGCCGGGCCCACAGGGAGGCGACGGGUGUGAACCCAAGGAGUACUGGGCCGGGUGCGACGAGACGGGCGCCCCGACGAACGUCCCGCGCGACCAGUACGCGUACGGCGUGUGGGUGUCGGAGAUCAUGUCGCAGCAGACGCAGAUCGAACGCGUGGCCCAAUACUGGCUCCGGUGGACGGAACGGUGGCCGGACGUCAGCUCCCUGGCGAGCGCGACGCGGGAGGAGGUGAACGAGCUGUGGGCGGGGUUGGGGUACUACCGACGCGCCGGUUUCCUCCUCGACGGCGCGAGACACGUGGUGGACAACUGUGACACGAUUUUCCCGAAUGACGCGAAGGGACUCGCGAACGUCCCGGGCGUCGGUCCUUACACCGCCGCCGCCAUCGCGUCCAUCGCGUUCGACGAGCCGGUGGCGGCGGUGGACGGUAACGUCAUCAGGGUGUGCACCAGGCUCGCGGCCGUGACGGGCGGGGGGGACGCGGCAAAGCCGAGCUCGGACGCCGCAAAGGCGGUUCGAUUAUGCGCGGAUUGGCUCAUCGAUGAUUCAACGCGACCGGGGGAUUUUAACCAGGCGAUGAUGGAGCUGGGCGCGACGGUGUGCACGCCCAAGGCGCCCGCGUGCGGCCAAUGUCCGCUUCGGGUGGGGUGCGCCGGGGCGGCGCUGGAGUCCGCGGGUUCGAGUGGGUUCAAGGUGACGGACCUUCCGGAGAAGGAGAAGAAGCCCGAGAAGCGGGAGGAACGCGUCGCGGUGAGAGUCGUCGAGCGUAAAGGAGGGAGGAGAGACGGCGUGCCCGGCCCGGCCGAUUCGUCGUUCCUGCUCGUGCGUCGCCCCGAGGGCGGGCUGCUGGGCGGGCUCUGGGAGUUUCCGUCGGCGAAUGUGCCGGAUAACCUGGAGCCCGGCGACCCGGAUUUUUACGCCAGCUGUGCGGACGUCGUGCACAGCUGUGGGUCGAGCGGGAAGUUCUCCAAAUCGAGGGUGGGUUUAGGGGAGGUGACGCACACGUUCUCGCACGUUCGGCACACGUACGUGGCGCAGCACGAGGUUUGGGAAACGUCGGCGGACGACGACGGCGAUGAAGCACCGCCAACUCGCGGAGACACGGCUGGCGGCCGCGAGUGGCGAUGGGUCACCGCCACGGAGCUGCAAACGCUCGGUCUGAGCUCGGGGGUGCGCAAGAUAUACGAGCUGCUGACGAAGAGGGAACAGGCGAAGAAGGCUCCGAGGGAGAGCGCCAUAGGUAAGCUCUUCGCGAAGAAGGCGAAGCGGGGGGAGUAG